AUGUGUUGCUCUCUUUCUCAAGGACACGUGUAUCCGUCCCUUAGCAGGAACUGGCUGUUGACUCUGCACUUUGAGACAGCCAUCAACCAAAUCCUGGAUACGUGGGGAGAAGCCAAAUCCGUGAGUGAUCUCAUGAGUAGCUUCACACGUGUAAGAGAGCGUAAUUUGCAGCAGGAGAACCAAGUCAUGGCCUUCAGCGAAGACGAUCAGAAUCACAAGGUUGUACUGGAUGUUCAUGACUUCAAGAGUGGAGACAUGAAGGUCAGAGUAGAAGACAAUCAGGUGGUGGUGGAAGGUCGAGUGGAAAAGGAAGAGGGCGACUUCAAGUCCAUGAAAAGCUUCUGGCGACGUUUCAACUUCCCAGGCAAAGUGGCUAUGGAGGCCGUGACUUCCGCAGUGUCUUCCGAUGGCAUCUUGACUAUCACGGCUCCUAAGGUCACAGAGAAAUCUUAA